AUGCUUUAUUACAAUCUUCAACAAAGACUAUCUGAAACAUUAAAAGAAAAACCUAAAGAACAAACUUUGUCUACUUUAUCUAUAGAUCUUACGGAUGUUGAAAAUUCUGAUAACAAUUUUCUUUUUGAGGAAGAAGGGUUCGAAGAAGAGCUCUUGGAAUUUGAUGUUGAAGUGGUGACUAUUGAUAUGAAUAAUAAAUUAAUAAUAAAAGAGUUUUUUAAUAUGAAUGCUUUCGAACAAAAUCAAAAUGUUAGUAAUGAAAGUUCAGAUACUUCUCUUCAAAAUGCCACGGCCA